ACUGAUUGGGGCCUGGAUUUUUACCACUUACCAGCGACACUAAGACUCGAGAGCAAAUCAAAAAGAGCUGUUGACCUUCUUCACAGCCAUCCUCGUAGCGCUCAAAGACUAAAGAGCAACAUGGCACAGAGAAAAGAAAACGUAGUGAUGUUCCCAUUCAUGGGAACAGGCCAUAUUAUCCCUUUCAUAGCCUUAGCUCUCCGUAUAGAACAAGAGACGAACUACUCCAUAACAUUUGUCAACACCCCCAUCAACAUCCAGAAGUUCAGGUCUUCCAUUCCUCCAAACUCCUCCAUUCGCCUCGUCGAGCUCCCCUUUACGAGCUCGGACCACGGCCUCCCGCCCAACAUCGAGAACACCGAUUCCACUCCCUACCACCUUGUCAUCCGCCUCCUUGAAGCCUCCAACUCUCUGAAACCAUCCUUCAAGAAACUCAUAGAAGACCUUAUCAAAGAGCAACACGGCCACCAGCCACUUUGCAUCAUCGCUGACAUAUUCUUUGGAUGGACUGCAAGCUUGGCCAAAGAGCUUAACGUGUUCCAUGGAAUCUUUACCGUGUCAAGCGCGUAUGGCCUGGCGUGUUACUAUUCUCUUUGGAUGAACCUGCCUCACAGGAAGGUCAAUUCCAAUGAGUUUUCGUUGCCUGAUUUUCCAGAAGCUUCAAGAGUUCAUAUUACACAAUUAGUAACAAAUAUACUCGAGGCUGAUGGUACUGAUGCUUGGUCUGUCUUUCAAAAGGAGAAUCUUCCUGAGUGGGUGAAUUCUGGUGGGAUUUUGGUAAACACUGUCGAACAAUUUGACCAUAUUGGACUGUCGUAUUUUAGGCGUAAACUUGGUCGGCCUGCUUGGGCGGUUGGAUCUGUUCUUCUAUCUAUGGAUAGCCGAGGACGUGCCGUCAAAGGAGGUGGCAUUAGUCUGGAACUUUGCAUUGAAUGGCUGAAUACAAAAACUUUGAGUUCUGUUCUAUAUGUUUCUUUUGGGUCAAUGAAUACGAUCUCUGCCUCACAAAUGAUGCAGUUGGCAAUGGGGUUGGAGGCCAGUGCCAAGAAUUUCAUCUGGGUUCUCAGGCCACCAAUUGGGUUUGACAUAAACUCAGAAUUCAGAGCGAAAGAAUGGUUGCCAGUAGGAUUCGAAGAGAGGAUCAAGAAUUCAAGAAGGGGGUUACUAGUGUACAAUUGGGCACCCCAGGUGGAAAUUUUGAGCCACAAGUCUGUUGCUGCAUUUUUAACUCAUGGUGGGUGGAAUUCAGUGCUGAUUGGAUGGCCGAUGGCAGCCGAGCAAUUCUUCAGCAUCAAUUUGCUGGAGGAGAAGGUGGGAGUCUGUGUAGAGGUAGCUAGGGGGAAGAGCUGUGAGGUUAGAUAUGAAGACAUAGUUGCAAAGAUUGAGUUGGUGAUGAACGAGACAGAGACAGGGAAGGAAAUGAAAAGCAAAGCUCGUCAAGUGAUGGAGAUGAUCAAGAAUGCCACAAAAGAUGAGGAAGGUUUCAAAGGGUCAUCUGUCGAAGCCUUGGAUGACUUUUUUAGUGCUGCAAUGUCAAUGAGGGAGAGGACUGAGAGGGGAAAGAACAUUGCCGCUUAGCCUGCUUGAGUCAAGCAGAAAGAAUUUGGAAGAAUAACUUGGUGAAAAGAACUUGAGCAAAGUGAUUUCCAUUUCAGCAUUUGUAAUAAUGUAUUCUGGGUGUGAUUCAAGUUUGUCUGGGCGUGUUUCAAGUUUUUUCACUCAUGUACCUGCAU